AUGCUUCAGCAAUUCAAGCAAGAGCAGAUACAUACCAAAAAUGAUCUCCGGCGAAACAUUCUCUACCGUGAGUCACAUCUUGCGAGUAUCAAAUCAGGUGGGGACAACUUGCUUGCCGCGAUUCAUAGCUACGCACACGAUGCAAACAUGGAGAUUGUCACACGAGUUUUACAAUUACCCCAGGAACUACGUGACGCCAUAUACAUGCAUCUAUGGGAACUCAACGACAAGCACGAUCCGAGCCGCAGUCUGCUCUACUGGUGGGACUCCUUCGACGAGCCUUGGUUCUCCAGAGACGAUGAUCCUAACAAAUCACGAUGGCUAAAGACACCGUUGAUGACACUCCGACCCCCGCACUUCAUCGACAAAUGCUUUGUAGGACCUGUCUUCGCUAAAGAGGCCCUCAAACAACUUAAAGAUUCCGUGGGUAAAGAUCUCCGGUCAAUCGGGGACAGGAACCCUGUCGCCGAAUGCGGAUUACUCGACGCAUCCAUGGAGGACUUUGUAGAGAAGGACGUUUUUGGAGUUGGGAUAACAGUGGAAGAGUUGGUACGCAACUUGGACUUGCGGGUAAACUUCCAGUGCGAUGCAUUGACCGACGACGAAUUUGCCGAGAUCCAGAAGAGCAAGGCACAUGAUCGAGGACCACUUAGGACGGGUGCAACGACAUACACACGGGACGACUAUCUCCAAGACCUCGGUGACGGCGUCGCGGCUCUGCUAAGCAUUUCACACACCGAACGUGUUAUCACUCACAACGAGCAUGGUCGACACCUGAAUACUAGAGCCAGAAUCAUCACCUUGGCAAUCAGGCAAGAAGACGACUUCAUAUGGAGGGAUCAUUCGGCCAUAUUGAAACUUGUUGCCCGAGCUUAUCACGGCCUAAGGGCAAAGGGCUUCGCAGUCAAGAUACAGUACUACAGUGAAGAGCUUGAAUUGAAAGUGUUGUUUGAAGAUGACGUCUGGGAGUGGACAAGCGAUGACUGGGACAGGAAUUUGAUUGAGAAGAACACGUUUGGGAUAGGUAGCGGCACCUCACCCCAAAGAUACGUAGAAGCAUACGUUUGGACACAACUUCAGGAACAUUUGUUCCAACGCCUAGAUAACGACUGCCUCAUCGGGAGUUGA